GGCCAGGCCCCGCCCCCCGGGCUCGGGCGGCCGGCGGACCCGGAGCGAAGGUGCCCGAGCCCGCGGCGGCGGCGGCGGGACGAUGUGGUUCUUUGCCCGAGACCCGGUCCGUGACUUCCCGUUCGAGCUCAGUCAGGAGCCUCCCGAAGGCAGCCCGCCCGGGCCCUGGGUCCUGCACCGCGGCCGCAAGAAGGCCACGGGCAGCCCGGUGUCCAUCUUCGUGUACGAUGUGAAGCCUGGCGCAGAGGAACAGACGCAAGUGGCCAAAGCUGCCUUCAAGCGCCUUAAAACUCUCCGGCAUCCCAACAUCCUGGCCUACAUCGAUGGGCUGGAGACAGAAAAGUGCCUCCACGUAGUGACAGAGGCUGUGACCCCGCUGGGAAUGUACCUCAAGGCUCGAGCAGAAGCUGGUGGCUUGAAGGAGCAGGAGCUGUCCUGGGGGCUCCACCAAGUAGUGAAAGCCUUGAGCUUCCUGGUCAAUGACUGCGGCCUCAUUCACAACAAUGUCUGCAUGGCCGCUGUGUUUGUGGACCGAGCUGGAGAGUGGAAACUCGGGGGCCUGGACUACAUGUACUCAGCCCAGGGCAAUGAUGGGGGACCCCCUAGGAAGGGGAUCCCUGAGCUUGAGCAGUAUGACCCCCCGGAGUUGGCUGACAGCAGUGGCAGAGUACUCAGAGAGAAGUGGUCAGCAGACAUGUGGCGCCUGGGCUGCCUCAUCUGGGAAGUCUUCAAUGGGCCUCUACCUCGGGCAGCUGCCCUGCGCAACCCUGGGAAGAUCCCAAAAUCACUGGUUCCCCAUUACUGUGAGCUGGUGGGAGCCAAUCCCAAGGUGCGUCCCAAUCCGGCCCGCUUUCUGCAGAACUGCCAAGCACCUGGCAGCUUCAUGAACAACCGCUUUGUGGAGACCAACCUCUUCCUGGAAGAGAUUCAGAUCAAAGAGCCAGCCGAAAAGCAGAAGUUCUUCCAAGAGCUGAGCAAGAGCCUGGACUCGUUCCCUGAGGAUUUCUGUCGGCACAAAGUGCUGCCCCAGCUGCUGACUGCCUUCGAGUUUGGAAAUGCUGGGGCUGUGGUCCUCACACCCCUCUUCAAGGUGGGCAAGUUCCUCAGUGCCGAGGAGUGUCAGCAGAAGAUUAUCCCUGUGGUGGUCAAGAUGUUCUCAUCCACUGACCGCGCCAUGCGCAUCCGCCUCCUGCAGCAGAUGGAGCAGUUCAUCCAAUACCUUGAUGAACCAACAGUCAACUCCCAGAUCUUUCCCCACAUCGUGCAUGGCUUCCUGGACACCAACCCUGCUAUCCGGGAGCAGACAGUCAAGUCCAUGCUGCUCCUGGCCCCAAAGCUGAAUGAGACCAACCUCAAUGUGGAGCUGAUGAAGCACUUCGCACGGCUGCAGGCCAAGGAUGAACAGGGCCCCAUCCGCUGCAACACCACAGUCUGCCUGGGCAAAAUCGGCUCCUACCUCAGCGCCAGCACCAGACACAGGGUCCUCACUUCCGCCUUCAGCCGAGCUACAAAAGACCCAUUUGCCCCAUCCCGGGUCGCGGGUGUCCUGGGCUUCGCUGCCACCCACAACCUGUACUCACUGAGUGACUGUGCCCACAAGAUCCUGCCUGUGCUCUGCGGCCUCACUGUUGAUCCUGAGAAAUCUGUGAGGGAGCAGGCCUUCAAAGCUAUUCGAAGCUUCUUGUCCAAACUGGAGUCUGUAUCAGAGGAUCCCACCCAGCUGGCAGAAGUGGAGAAAGAUGUCCAUGCAGCCUCCAGCCCUGGGAUGGGAGGAGCUGCUGCCAGUUGGGCAGGCUGGGCUGUGACUGGAGUCUCCUCACUCACCUCCAAGCUGAUCCGUGCACACCCUAUGGCCACACCUGCUGAGACCAAUGUGCCCCAGAGACCGAUGCCUGAGGGACAUCCUACCCCGCCCCCCACCCCCAUCCCUGCUACCCCAAAUUCAAGCCAUUGGGAGACACAAGAGGAAGACAAAAGUGAAGCAGAGGACAGCAGCACUGCUGACAAAUGGGAUGAUGAGGACUGGGGCAGCUUGGAGCAAGAGGCUGAGUCUGUGUUGGCCCAGCAGCAUGACUGGAAUUCGAGGGACCAGGCUAACCGAGCCGGCCAGGUCAGUCACCCGGACCGCAAAUCCCCAGAGUCAGACUGGAGCAGCUGGGAAGCUGAGGGUUCCUGGGAGCAGGGCUGGCAAGAAUCCAGCUCCCCAGAGCCACCCCCUGAAGGCACAAGGCUGGCCAGCGAGUAUAACUGGGGUGGCCCAGAGCCCAGCGACAAGGGUGACCCCUUUGCUGCCCUGUCUGUGCGUUCCACUGCCCAGCCCAGGCCAGACGUGGACUCCUGGGGUGAGGACAACUGGGAGGGCCUGGAGACUGACAGCCGGCAGGCCAAGGCCGAGCUGGCCAGGAAAAAGCGUGAGGAACGGAGGCGGGAGAUGGAGGCCAAGCGGGCGGAGAAGAAGGCAGCAAAGGGCCCCAUGAAGCUGGGAGCCCGGAAGCUAGACUGAACCCUUGGGGUGGGCCGUUCCAGUGAGGAAAGCAGGCCCAGCCGAUGUAUUUAUUGUACAAAACCAUGUGAGCCCGGCCGACCUGCCAGGCGCAUCUCACGUGUACAUAAUCAGAGCCCCAAUAAAUUCUAUUUCACACCCCCA